UGCUGAGCCGCAUACCAUCGGCAAAAAUUCCAAUCAUGAACUGAUGCUACUCUUGUACGAUUUUAGUCGCUCAAUGCUACAGUUUGGGAGACACAGCUCCUCCUCGAUACUCCGUCCUCCCACGGAUCACGAUGGUACAAUGUCGAGUUGCACCACAUAAAAAAACGGUUGUAUUCUUUACUAUUAGGACCAGGCAGGGACCUAGACACGAAGGAUCGAAAGUAACCAUCCCUUGAGGAAAAACGCAAGAAAGCUCUUUACUACUGUCCGGAGUCAAAGAACGGUCCAAUUUGUGCAAGAUAUUAACUGAAAUGAAGGCCUUGAUUCGCAAGCGGAUUAUGUGGAGCAAGAGGACCGCCACGACGGAGCAAAAGGCUUCCGCUUCUCUUUCGUUUGCCUCACUGUCAGCACUCCCUUCGCUGCGAGACAGAAAGGAAGCAACGGUUUCAACCCCCAAUACAUCAAUCGGGAGUGUGGGUGAGGAAGAGGCUUGGACGUCGAAACGAUCUUUUCGCUUGUUUGGGCGUAGGAAUAAACGCAAGCUGAGCCCUCAGUCUCGUUCUGCCCCAUCCAGCAUUCCAAGAACAACAAGGAAAAUCGAGGCUUUCAGUAACGAGACAAACUCAGUUCACAGUCGAUUUCUUUCCCAAAUAAGGCGUCGUGCAUGUAGCACUUUGAACAACAAGGGCCGGAACGGACUAAUAAGCAAAACACAUGAUCUUCGGGACCCAGGCCAGUGUAAGGCCUUGACGACACCGCGCGAAACUACCCGAUUGAAAUGUAGUCGCGAAAUCGACGUCCUGUCCAAUUGUACCGGACUGGCUAAAGCAUCACAAUCCGAGUCAAAUUCGUUCUUGCACGAGGCAAGUGCGUUUGACGAUGCAGCUAGAGCAGGAGGAGAGGAACUCCUUGUGGACGUGCCAGUGUCGAAUGGUUAUUCGGUCAUGGCUAGUUUGCAACAUUUGUACUGUGAAUAUCUGUGUGGAGGCAGCAAUUCCGAAAGAGAGCAUAGUUUUGAUACGCAGUCCGUGUACGACUUGAUUACCUCAUAUCUUGGUACAGCGCAAUCUCAAGAACAACUCUAUGCUGGUCGUGCGAAGCGAUUGUUAGAAAAUCCAGCCGUUCUAGAAAAUUUUGAACGUGUUUUUGAGCGACACCUGAAGGCGGGGUUAGCGGCCAAGCUCAUGGAAGAAGACGAGGGGGAAUUGGAGCAGUCAGGACCGCAAUCUAGUCUUGCUGCGCCGUCUCAACUUCCGCAAUCCCUACUGCGCUCACGUUUCUUUACUUAUAAAGCUGGUUCUAAGCAUCACACGCCUCGCCAAUCUCUCCGAAAACCCCGCAAGGUUCAGCACCACGUAAGUCUCCACCGCAUCAAUGCGGUAAACGAGGCGGCGUCAUCUGUGACAGCUCCCGUCGCUCAAGCCACCAAGGGGCAUCCGGCAACUUGCCAUUGUCAAAAGCAUACCGCGCCGAUCGUCCCACCACAGCUUUGGCCCCAAGGUCAACUUUUGAUGCGACCUACACCUGGAUCUGGCGUUCGUAUCAGAGGCAUUCGUUUUGCCAAGGCAACAUCGUCGUCGUAUUUGUGGCAAGCGUCCGACUAUCCGUCUGGUCAAUCCCCUGUGACCUGGCCACAAGCUUUGCAGGACCACUGGAAAGAGGCGAACGUGCAUAUAUCUGCAACUGCCAUGCCAGAAGGUCAUGACGAGCUCCUGCAGCGUCUGCAGUCCUAUCGCAUGUGCCCAAACUGUAUGAUCCUUCCCGUGAAUAAUGGAAAUGAGCCCGACGGAGAAUCGCUAGUGACAGAUUUUGAAUCGGACUUAUUUGUCGGCACUAUGCUGGUCCGGUUACGUCACACACAAGGUACUACACCGGAACCAUACAAUGAUCAGAUCGGGUACUUUGCCAAUGUGAAACGACGUUACCAAGUGGUGAUGCGCGGUCGUUUCAAGCAAAGUAUUCCGUGGACACGUUGUGUGGCGGGUUUGGAGCUGACUCGCAAGACGGCGCGUUUGCCCGCAAAAUGCGUCGUCAAGGGGGCCAUGAAAGUCAUAAGCUUCCUUGCGCCACAACUAGAUGCGCAAUUGGAAGGUUCCCAUCCCCAUAGUUUGACGCCACUCGGUAGCACGGCGCAAUCCCUCAGGGUGCAGCGUAAUACGCCAUCAAGUAUUGAGAAUAACUACGAUGAAUUCGAUCUUGAAGCCAAGUUAGAAGAACCAACUCGUGACGAAGAAACUUUGCUAGGAAAAGCAAGUACGGCAAGUAGUACAACGUCACGAGCUCGCUUUCGGAAAAAGGGCUUUGAUAAAGUAUUUGGGAGCAAGGAGGCAAGUCUGCAAACCAAUCCGGAGGACAUAUAUACGUUUGAGUUUCUGCAGCACUUGUUCAACUUUCAGGAGUUUUCCAUUGAGCUCAGUUCCCUCUUUGGCAGUAUCCAUUUGCAGGACUGCCUUGAUGGGCAACCACUACAAAUAGUGGCGAAGCACAAAGACUCAAACAACACGCGACUAUGGAGCUUUGACGUUUGGCACGAGUGUUUGUACCGAGAAGCUGUUGCGUUUGACGAAAGAAAUUGCGACUAGUCGUCAAUGACCACUACCAAAGAAUAUUUGUUGGAGAUAAUGCUACUGACAGUCAGCAGAUAUACUGCAACAGAAAGAUUCAGGAAGGAAUAGAAUUUGUAUUCGCAUGCGAUAGGCUUUUAUAAUAUACCUUGUGUGUAUGGAUGUGUAGCUCAUGUGACACUUUGGCAUGUCAUUACACAUCACAGACGGUGCAUUUGUCGUUUGUCACUACUUUUCUUUGUCAAGGAAUCUGUGGGCGUUUGUUUGGUUUAAGUAACAUAAACAGGAUUGCUACU